AUGGAUCUACUGGUCUCUUUGCGUUUCAGAAUGGAUAAAUCCUGGAUGAGUACUGGUAGAACGAAGAAACGUUAUAGAGAAGGAGUUGCGGCGUUUCUGCGGUAUGCUGUCAACCAUCUCAAGGAGGAGGGUGAGACAUAUGAUGAAUUUCUUAUGUUGUGUCCGUGUACAAAUUGUUUAAAUCUCUGUGCAUGCUCCGUUGGCGACGUAGAAGAUCAUUUAUUCGUAAAUGGAAUCGAUCAAACGUAUACUAUUUGGAAUAAGCAUGGGGAAAAGGAUGAGGCAAUAACUAGUAGUAAGCCAGUUAACGUCAACAAUGGUAUGCACGCUGAAUUUGAAAUGGGAACUCCCACUGAUGCUCCAGACGAAGAUUUUGGAAUGGGAACUCCCACUGAUGCUCCAGACACUAUAGAUAUGAUGCAGGCUGCAGAAGAGUUCGCAGAUGACCCUAUAAAGUUUAAAAAGUUACUUGAAAAUGCUGAAAAGCCCUUAUACGAAGGAUGUCCCAACUUCACAAAGUUGUCUGCAAUUGUGCAGUUGUUUAAGUUGAAGAGUAAGCACGGUGCAUCAGACAUGUUUUUUAAUGAAUUGUUACCCUUGUUAAAGGACAUGCUUCCCAAAGAAGGUAAUUUAAUGGCGAGGAGUACAUAUCAGGCAAAAAAAAUAUUGAAAUCAAUGGGUUCAGGGUACACAAAGAUACAUGCAUGUAUCAACAACUGCAUUCUUUAUUGGAAUGAGUACAAGGAUGAAAAAGUGUGUCCUACUUGUAAAGCACCCAGAUGGAAAGUUGACAGGGAUGGUAAAGUUUACGAGAAUGUUCCAGCAAAGGUAUUGUGGUACUUCGACAUCAUCCCAAUAUUUCAGCGGCUGUUUCAAUCGAAGCACACAGCAAAAGAUUUGAUAUGGCACGAUACCACUAGAAACAAAGACGGUGUUUUACGUCAUCCGGCAGACUCACAUGCUUGGAGAGAGAUAGAUAACAAUUUCCCAGAAAUUAAAGGUGAUCCAAGAAAUCUGCGGUUAGCUGUUUCGGCUGAUGGAGUUGAUGUAAACACAGGCACCAAACAUCACAGUGGAAAGAGAACAUGGGAUGCAUAUGCCCAAGAAAUGUUUACUCUACGUGCAGUUGUUUUGUGGACGAUAAACGAUUAUCCUGCUCUUGAAUUUUUACCCUAUGAGCAUCCGUUCAGAAGGCAGAAGGGGGCAUUUGGCGGAAAACAAGAGUGGGAGACUACUCCAGAACCAAUGACCGGGGAAGAAAUAUAUGAGGAGGUAAAAUGUAUAAAGAAUUCAUGGGGAAAGAAGGGGACGAAUACUCAAGGGGAAGACGUGCAGGCUACACCUGGAAAAGAAAAAUCAAAAGAAGUCGAUAGGUCAGGUGAGGAAGAGGAAGGCAGGGAAACCACUUACUGGAGCAAGUACAACAUAUGGCAGCGACUACUUAGAUAUUGGCGCUAUAAUGAUGUCCAACAUUGUAUUGAUUUCAUGCAUGUCGAAAAGAAUGUGGGACAAAGUCUUGUUGGAACGUUGCUGCACAACGGGAAUACAAAAGAUGGAUUAAACGCCAGAAAGGAUUUGGUGCGUUUGGGGUUAAAAUCGGAGUUACACCCUAAGACAGAUGACAAAGGAACGAUACUUCCCGCAGCAUGUUAUACAUUAACUACGGAAGAAAAAGACAUAUUCUUGGAGACACUAUCCGAGUUAAGAGUUCCAGAAGGGUAUUGUUCGGAUUUUUCCACCCUUGUGAACCUAAAAGAGCGUAAGCUGAUCGGACUCAAAUCACAUGAUUACCAUAUGCUUAUGCAACAAUUUUUGCCCGUCGCUAUUCGAUCAAUUAUGCCUACACCUGUGAGAUAUGCUAUUAUCAGGGAAGUGAAGUUAUGCGGUCCGGUUUGCUUUCGAUGGAUGUAUCCUUUCGAAAGGUGUAUGAAGGUUAUAAAGGGGCAUGUGCGAAACAAGAAUCAACCUUGUGGAUGCAUUGCCGAAGAGAAUGUUGCAGAAGAGACGAUUGAGAUAUAUUGUGAGUACCAUAAAAGCAUCAGGACAAUUGGUAUUCCACUAGAUAGGCAUAAUACAUCUCAGGAGGGAGAACCGUUAUCAGCUGAAGAGCCGUGUAUAGUUACCCCUCAACAGUUGAGACAAGCACAUUUCUAUUAA